CUGUGUGGCGCUCGACCUGCGUGAAGUGGGAGUGGUCUGCUCUCCGUCCUAGUGCAUUACCACACCCCAACGCAAACGGACGGACAGUUGGUGACGUGUGUGUGUGUGUGCGACGCGGGUUAUGACAGAAUUCUGUCGGUUAAUACUUAUUUCAUGACGUGUGGUAGUGUAAAUAUUUAUUCACACGCACGAAAAGUUUAGUGUUUAGAACUGUAAACACCUCUCCGUCGACAGUGAUACGGGUAAAUCAAGAGUUUUCGAGUUAAAAUUGUAAUUGCAGGACAUGAGUGACGUCGAGGAACGAUAAAGGACAUUUUUAAGCCAACGUAAUAUUCAGCGGGCAGACCUGAGAGCUGCGGGUACCAAUUAGCCUCCAGUCAGAGCACCCCACUCGCCGCCAGUUGAUAGGUACCUCGCUUGCCACUACAUGCAUCAUCUGCUGCGUUAUCCACCCAAACAUAUCCUACAAGUAUUUUGCAAUAACCGAGGUAAGGUGUUUCCACGAUCUCCCUAUAUAAAGCUUUAUUCGGUGUGUGCCAGCUGUGCUAUUUAAAAUUUCCUCAAUAUAGUUUUAAACCGAAAACUUUCUGAAACUACGAACUCCGCCACGACGUAACUACACGCUCCAAUUCACGCUCAAAAUAGAAACUGUAUAUUUUCAAAUCCCAAACCAACAAGAUCACCAGACUUCCUCAGUCGGGUUUACGCCACUUACGGAGUGCCUCCUCCUUUCAUCCCCAACAACUGAGGAUCAUUUCACCAACAGGGGCUAAGGCAGACACCCCCCGCGGGCAUUUAAGGUGCCUGCUGGUGCUGUCCCUCAAACAGGCUCCCCUCAGUGGUCUGACUCACCACCCUCCUCAGCGUCCUGUUCUUCACUCUACACAGGACCCCAACUAUUGCCCUCCCGAGACAAGCAUUUCCUCUUCUGCACUCCUUUGCUCCCUAGAAGCAAGGCCUUUCAACCAGAAGCAAGAUAUCUCCAGAACUCUCUACCACGGAGUAAGGCCUCUCCCUCAACCCUCUCAAUCACAGGGUAAGACUCACCCGGCUCUCUCAACCACUGGUCAGAAUCUGUGACCUAACACUCUUUGCCACUUGGCAGAACUAUCAAUUCACCACCACCAAAGACAAGAACUCCCGUUUCUACUCCUACUCCUCUCUUGCCAGCAUCACCACCCAACCUACCCCCAACUUAUACUCGCCGUCUUCAAGACCAUCUGCUGAACCAUCUUUGAGAUUCUCACCCCGAGGGGAAAGCCAACAGGAACCAGAACAGCUGAUAAGUGAGGUGCUGUCAUCCCACUAGGAGCUGCUGGACUGCUUCACCAUCAUGACCCAGCUGCCUCCACUCCUCCACUUGGGGGUCUUCCUAAUGAUGCUGUCUCCAAGCAUCUGUUUUAACUUGGAGACACGGGUGUUUAAACUGUUCACAGACCCGUACCUUAAUGACAAUGGUCGAGAGUCCUAUUUUGGUUUCGCCAUCGCCCUACAGCGAGGUCCUGACAACACAGCCUGGUUGAUGGUCGGUGCCCCGCGAGCUAAUUCCAGCAACUACAAGAAUGAGAAAAUUACAGAGCCAGGAGUCCUCUACAAGUGCAACCUCCAGACACUACACUGUCAAGAGCUCUUCAUUGAUCAAACAGGGAAUACUGUGUCUAAUUACCCAAGCAGUUGGACCAUUUAUCAAGACCUGAAGAAUGGUGGAUGGCUGGGCGGCACCCUCGACGCACAGCCUACGUUUGAUAGUGGACGGCAGGCCACUGGGGUGUGUGCGCCCCGGUGGAUAAACCAGCAUUUUAUUCCCGACUACUUCAUGAACGGUGCCUGCUACUGGCUCAAUAAUUCCUUGACUGAAGAUGCUCAUAAGAAGCUCCCACUCCUCAGUCUUAACAAUGCUGUGUUCAAGAUAGGCGUAAAAAGUCUGUAUUUCUAUGCACACGGAGAGGCAGGACUCUCUCUCCAUUUCCCAGACAAUCCAGCAGAGAUGAUCAUUGGUGCUCCAGGUGUUUUUAACUGGCAAGGAUCAGUGAUUCGCAUGAGUGAUAAUACAAACUCAGUCCCUGGUGAGAUUUCCCGAAGACGACGUCGUCAGUCUCAAAUAAAAGAAAGUGAUAUGUUUGAUUCUUCUUUUGUGCCUAACCCAUACUUCACAUCAGUUAUUGAAGAUUUUGAUCUCCUGGGUUAUGCUGUGACUUCAGGGAGGUUCAUGUCUAAGGAUGAACUACUGUAUGUUGGUGGGGCACCACGAGGCGCACUCUCCCAUGGCAAGGUUCUUAUCUUCAGUUAUCCUGAUUAUGAAUACCAGUCUCUGAAUGUGAAGGCAGAGUGGCAGGGAACACAGCUGGGUGAGUAUUUUGGGGCUGCUGUUACUGCUGCUGACAUCAAUGGUGAUGGUCUCAGUGACCUGGUGGUGGGCUCCCCAAUGUACGCCCUCCAAGACAUUCCUGAUGUGGGCCGAAUCCAAGUUUUUCUCAGUUCCAAGGGUCAGGUACCACAGAAAUCUGAUACUAGUUACUUUGGAUCUAAAACCAGCUUUGCCAGAUUUGGAACAACUCUUGCCUCUGUUGGUGACCUCAAUUUUGAUCGCUUUGAUGAUGUGGUGGUAGGAGCACCCUGGGAAGGAGCUGGGGCAGUGUAUGUGUACUUGGGCUCUUCCAGUGGACUGAGACCAAAAUUCUCACAACGAAUCACUCCAGCAGAUUUCCCACAAAGCCUCUCUGGAUUUGGCAUGGGGUUUUCUCGGGGAAUUGACAUUGACGACAAUGGCUAUCCAGAUUUGGCAAUUGGUAGUUUUAUGUCCAGCCAUGCAAUUGUGUUGCAUACUCGACCUGUUGCCUCUCUCACUGGUCAGAUCAUUACUACACCAUCCGUCAUUACCUUAGAAGACAGAUCUCUUAAUAUCUCUGCCUGCUUACUUUAUGAAGGAUAUAAAGUUCCAAGAAAUGCGUAUGUCAAGGGUAAUGUGACACUUGACUAUGGAUCUUCCACCCCUCGAGCAGUCUUUGCUACAUCCCAAAACUUCAGUAUAGAGUUCAAUGAAACUGUUGUCAUGAGGCAAAAAAAAUGCAUUCCUUACUUGGUUACAAUCAUGGAGAACAAAUUGGAUCCACGUCAACCUGUACUGAUGAAGAUGAUAUACGAGUUAGUUGAGACUCCUUGGGAAGAAAUUAUCAAACAACCCAUGCUAGAUCCAGACAUGGAAACAAGUAUUACAUCCCGAGUAAGUAUAGUAACGGGGUGUGAAAUGGAUGGAAAUGAAACUUGUCUGAUUGACAUGAUUCUGGAAACCAGCUUCUCAAAUUACAGAGAUGAUAAGAGGUUGAUUAUUGGUAAGGACAACAAGCUAAAGAUGGAAGUAGUAGUUGAAAAUGCAGGAGAACCAGUUUUUCUACCAAACCUGACUGUGAUUGUGAACCCACCCCUAACAUUGUUCUUACCUUCCUCACAUAAUUGCGAUUUUCCAAAUGGAGGAAAUCGCACAAGACUAAUUUGUAACCUUGCCAAUCCCAUCACAAACAGUGGAAAGGACACAGUGAAGAUUGAUGUAGAUGCAAGCCAACUGACGGACACCUCUAACAAGGUGUCUGUUGAUGUGAUUGUAUCAGGGGAAGGGGUGGAGCAAAAUAACCAAGAUAACAAUUUCCAGCAGGCACUCCAGCUAGAAGCCCAGGCUAAACUGAAGUUACAUGGGUACUCAAAGGAUGAGCAGGUUUUGUAUCCGCGUUUGGAAGAGGACAAGAUCAAUGCAUCGAGUUCUCCAAUUUUCUUUCACCAGUUGACACUACUGAAAGAAGGACCUACACCUCUAGGAAAAGUGGUGGUAGUAGUUGACAUCCCAGUCAAUUUCACGAAAAACGACGAGACCUUUGUUAAGAUAUAUGCCCCAAAGACCGACUUUCUGGGUCAGCCCGUGGUGUGUCACCCCAUUGGUGCAUCCUUCGCUGUCGAACGUAGAAAUGAAGAUGACAUGAUGAAAACCACGAACAAUGUUCUUCCUAAGCCCCCAUCCAAUAGGGGUGAGAUUGUAACCCUGAAGAAAGCGUCAACACAGAAGACACCAGUUUUUAACUGUUCCAACAGUCUCAUUAAGUGUGCCAAAAUCAACUGCCACAUAAACUCCUGGCCAGUUGGUAUCUCUUCUGCAGAAAUCGUAUUCAAGCUAGAGAUUGAUCUUGCCAUUCUAGCUGGUUACAUCACAGCCAGAGAUGGAGCAGUUCUACAGAGCACAGCCACAGCUUCCAUCACUUCUCUAAAUCCUGAUAUAGUUUUCACUGGAGAAAAAGUUACGUCAGUAAUGGUAAAAACACAGAUUCAGCCUGACAGCCUGCCAGGGAGGGGAGUUCCCUGGUGGAUCAUUCUUUUGGCUGUACUUGCGGGCCUCCUGCUUCUGGGCCUCUUAGCAUAUGGUCUCUACAGGGCUGGAUUCUUCACCCGUAAAGAACAAGAAAAAAUGAAAGCUCAACAGGCUCAUGUUCAACCUGCUGGUAAUGUCAACUCGGGUAUUGUGGGGGAUUAAUUAGGUAAUAAUUUGUGUGUACGAUGUCAUGAUGAAUCCCAAUUUUUUUGAGUAUUAUAACUAUAUUGACAUCAUAAAAACACUGGAGUCAUACUAAUUUUCUCUUAUUAAAACUCCCAUUGGAUAUAUUGCUGAGACAAUUCUGUGAUAUUCAAGUACACAUGCACUGUAAUAUGUAAUAACAAUCCUGAGUGUCUGUCCACACACUUCCUUUAAGCACCACCCAGUUACAUAUUUUGCAAUACUGAGAUUCCAACCAUCCAUUGUCACAUAUUCUGUACACACCCAGUUUCUACCCCAUCUGGAGUUCCCCAUGGACUCACUUGUUAAAAUUAGUUAUUUUAAGCAUUUUUCAUCAUAUUUUUUGUGGCUUACAAUGGCAAUAUGACGAAUUCAUUAGUUAAUUGACAAAGAACUAGUGACAUGAAGAUAAUGAUUAGUUGUCAAUAAAAAUAUGUAGAGAACAACAAGUGAUCUAGUGAGAAAAGUAAUCAAAGCUGCAGAUUUACUCUAUAAGGAUGUCAGUAUUAGUCCAGUUAAGAAUGCAGUAUGUACUGUAUAUAUUGGUAUGGGUAUCUGUAAUUGGUUGCUCUGUAUUUUUUUUAUAUGUAAAUUUUUAAUGCAGUGAACUUGAAGCCCUCUUUAAUAAUAUAUUUAAGGAGGGGUGUUAAACAUUAUAAGAUUAUUGUAAAUCAGCAUAAAAGUAAGCAGUACCACUCUUGUCUCUCAUCACUUUGGUCACAGGGUCAAAUCACUUGGUUGGAUGUGAGAAAGAUGUUAUCCAGUGUGACCCGACCAAACAUUGCAAGUUUUCUCCAUGUACUCCGAUUUCAUUCUGUACUAACACUGAACAAUGGAGAUCAUAACAAAGUAAUAAAGAACAGACUAUAGUAUUUCCACACUAACCUGGCCUAUAAGCCACACCCCUCUUCUAUACUAAUAGCUGAUUAGUUCAUAGAAAAUUCAAACUAAAUGUGUUCACAAUUGGUAAGCAGAUUUGUUAUUAUCUAAAAUAAUGUUAAAUAUAGUAUCAGAACUAUCAAAAUGCAAAUGAUUUCAGAGCAAUAACACUUCAGAGAGGAUGUUAGAAAAUUUUAAAUAUUUAUAAUGAAGGUCAAUAUAAACACUCGCUUAUACACGCGCAGUCGGGGGGGGGGAGGGUAAAACGCUCAGGGGAACCAAUCGGCUAUUUGUAGCUAUAGACAAGGGGCGGUGCUUAUGGGCCAGCUUAGCAUGGAAAGGGUAAAGUUUCCUAAACAGCUAGUAAGCUAAUAAAUGAUAUAAAUGAUGAACAAAAUAAUGUAGGUUGAAGAGGGAUGAAAAAGAAUUAGGCAAAAUGUAAGCCACUUUUAAUGUAUGUGGGUAUUAUUACAUGUAUUAAAAGCUAUAGUGUAUACUAUUCUUAACGAUAUGAAGUUUCUGUAAGGCAUUUAUUUUCCUCUUCUCCAGUCCGAAAGUGGGGAGCUUGUAAUCCUACAUUAAUUUUUUUUUACAAAAUGAAGAGAAAGUUAGGCAUGUUGUAAAUAUGUUUUGUCAAAUUACAGUAAUGCCAUCUUUUUGUUCAAGCCGAAUGCGACAUCAGCAAGCCAUCUAUUUUUCCUGUUAUAUAUGUCAAUGCCACACAGACUGGAUGUGGAGAACAAAAUGUUCACGAAACACUUUGGGAUCCCUAGCUGUACACUCCAGGGUGUCUGAAAAGUCUGCCAAGAGGGAAAUACUGUACAAUAAAUCAACAUUUUUUUAUAUAAAUAUAUUGUCAGAAAAGCUGCAUACACAGUGCAGUUCCCUACAAAAUAUAUUAAUUUACAAAGAACACACCAGCUACUAAGUUUUUCCAUAGAAUAAGGGGCAAAGCGGCACAUUUUGUUUUUCGUUUGUCUACAAAAUUUGUUUAUGCUCAAGAAUUUGAGAACCGUUUCAUGAUCAAAGUGACAUAUGGUACAGUGAUUUGUAUAUUUCUGUGGGUAGAAUCUUCUUGGACAUCCUGCAUACUAUGAAAUUAUGAUUUAAGAAAAUUAGGAGUCAUGAUCACUAAGUGGAUGAGAAAGAUUGGUUCUGGAAAAGUUUAUCCCCCGUGAAUUUUCAUUAGUCUGCCAUACCAAAGAUCUGAAUUUAGUUUUUAUCUCUUUUGCAUCUUUAUUACCUGUAAUAUAUGGUUAAUAUUGAUUUAAAUACAGAUAAGAGAGGGACAAUAACUUGGAUGUAAAUACUGUAUUAGUCAUUUGUUUUAAUUAUUUUUACAGUGACUUUUUUUGUCUUUGUCAUCAUAAUAAUAAAAAAAAUGACAAUGUUUGGUUCAUGUGCACCAAUAAUUUGUUAUACUGAUUGUAAAAUAUAUUAAAUGUCUUUCCAUGGUUUUUUCGUGGUAUUAAAUGUAAAAAUGAACUUCUCAAACUCAAGCCUAGUCAAGAAAUUUAAUCCUUAAACUGAAGAAUGUAUAAAAAAAUGUGUUAUAUAUGUACUGCUUUAACUCAUUUAUACUGCCUAAUGAUGUGAAUUUGAGGGAGAUGCUUCAGUUCAUAAGAUAAUUAAAAAAUAUUUGAGGGACUAAUGCAUUCAGUGCAUGAAGUAUUUUAGUCUUCCGUUGGAGUAAACCAGAGAGAGGACUUGGGACUUAGCUUGGAUUUUGUACUGUAUAGUGUACUCUGAUCUCUAUUUUUUGCCAUAAUUUUGUCCAUCAGUAUUUUUAUAAGCAUUGCAUCAGAAAUAAUCAUAUUAAUAAGAAUAACUUGCUGUUAAAAAGAGCAAAAGAUGCAUUUAUUCAUAGUAUAUUAUGCAUAUGAUUUUUUCUGAUCCAUACUGUGAUCUCGUCAUUUUUAGCAUAUUAUGAUAAUGAGUAAGUGUACUAUUGUAUGUGAUGAAAAGUUUCCCAUGGACUUUGAUUCUUGUCUUUUUUGUGGGGGGCCAACAGAAUCCUUGAGGAUGCAACUACCCCUUAUAUAGUAUGUUGUUUUUGCGACCACAGUCCUCCACUCUAAAUGCUUCCGGGCUGUUUUUACCAAUCCUCCAAGAUUUUGUCUCUCCAGGGACCCAGUUUUUAAUUUAAUUCAUCCAUCUCAGUCUCUGCCUUCCCCUGGUUUAUUUGUUUUUUGUAUUUUUCUUAUUAAAAAAUUAUAUUCUUCAAUGUCUCAUCAUCAAUACAGUAUUCUUCAACAUGCUGAGGAUCUAGGGUCGAAAAGUUGAAAUGUGAUAAAUUGUUUGCAAUGAUUUUACUCACUUCGAUUAUUAAAGCUUAGGUACUCGCUUCAAUUACUAUAGCAUGGUACUCACUUCAACAAUUACUAUAGUUUUAGAUACAGUAAUGAUAAUAUCUCAUUCCAUGAUAGUACAGUAUUUCAUUAUCCAUAAAUUCCCAGAGCUAUAAUAUUUUAGUGAUACAUUCACUCAGUGUCACAACAGUUAAGCUUAUGUGAUGAAAAGGUGUCCUGAUGCAUGGUCUGCUAUGUGUUUGUCUGUCUUUGCAUCGACAUGAAAACUGCAUUUCUGUUAAGAUUUUCACACAUCUGUAUUUUAUUUAUGGCUACUUUGGUACAAUAUCUUUGAUGGUGCAGUAUCAGCCACUUUUUUCUGCCCUCCCCCCCAUUAUGUUGAAUCAUAUUGCAUUUUGCACAUUUCUAGUUAAUAUUAAUACUUUAAUAUAUACGUUUUUCCUCCUGAGUGCCAUAUGAAGCUCAAGGACUUUAGGCUCUGACUUUUCAUCCCAUAUAUAAAUACUGCAUGUAAAUGAGAAUACAUACUGUAUGUAAGAUUUUUUUAUAAUAAUAAAUGAUAGAUCUGCUAAAA